AUUAACUCCGCCUUUGCACUCCUAUGCAACUCAAUUAGUUUUUUUCCUUUGGCAAAGGGUACAUUUGACAAAACUUAGUCCACUCUGUUCGUUACAUAUUUUAGUUUUGGGAACUGAAAUCUGUAUUGAGAUCAGAUGUUUAAUCGAUGAGAUGAUUAGCAGGACGUCGGCCAAAAUUCAUCUCGUUCCAUCUUCUGUAAAUUAUUCAGUGUAUCCCAAAGAUGGUCAGACCUUACUCCGGACCUCCUCGGUUCAAACCCAGGCCCUACUCUGAUGGCUACAAUAUGCCACAUGAAGAGAAUUACAGCCCCCACCCCAGGAGUCAGAGAGGAUUCCGGGGCCACUCAGGAAAGGUCCCUCCAAGCUGGAGAGAUUCCAGAGGCAGAGGACGUGCUCACUUUGCCAAAAGGCCCCCACUGAUGGGAGAACGGAGACCCCCACUGAUGGGAGAACGGAGGCCCCCACUGAUGGGAGAACGGAGGGAGCGACCUUUCAAUCAGUGGAGGUCCCAAAACCAGGAUUCCUUCAACACAUACCCCUCCCAAACGGAGCCCCAUCAUGGCCACAGGAGGCCUUCCCCUUCCGGGCCAAACCGUCCCCCCCCAGCUCAGCAUAGGUCCUCCCCGCAUACUCCUGGACAAGGGCCCCAGGGCCAGAGGGGUGCACUUAUCCAUGGAAACCACUCAGGUUACAGAUCCCCCUCACCACGCCAUUAUCAUAACCAACCUCCUGACAGGAGGCCACAACCCUCACAGUCCCCCCACAGUUCCUUCAGGGGCCCUCACAAGCGCCCAAGUCCGUCUCACGAAGAGGACAGGAGCUGGGGUGUCCGGCCGCCUUAUAGUCCCAGGGAGAGGCAGUUUGAGCGCCCAGGUCGCGGGGGGAUGCGCUGGAAUGGGCCAGGGCCCAUUCCCCGACCACACAAUGGUGAACGUGGGCCCUCUGGCUCCCCCCAGAGAAAGCCACGGGAUUCUCAUAGCAGAGGUCCUUAUCCAGAGAGGUACAGGAGUGAAGAUACAGUAUGGGCUGGGUGGUCUGCUGAGCGAGAUCCCAGGCAGCAGCAUGGAGUGGUGGGAAGGGAGCGGGAGGGCAGCGGACGCCGCAGCGCUGAGUGGGCACAGGAAGGCAGCCCUCACCACCCUCCCCACAGAUCCCCCACAUGGAAAGGAGGUUGGUCGUCGUCCUCUUUCCACGAGAACAGCCCUCAGGCAAGGCCAAGUGGGCCACCACACAAGAGGAAGUUCCAGGAGCGCGGGAUCCCUCCUGCAGGCCCUGAUGUGGAGCAUGGUCACCCAAAGCGCCCUCGCAGAGAGAUUCCACAUUACUUCAACACCCCUAGGGGAUUUGGCGGCCGUCCCUUGUCAUUCAGGGACAAGAGUCGUUUGCUGAAGGGGCGUAAAAUGAGAGCGGAGUCGGUGAUGAGGCUCAAAGUACCUCCACCUCAGCCCCAAGGAGCAGAGAUCCAUGAAGAGGAAGGGCCUCAUACGUCCAGGGGAAAUGUGCCAUCCAAGUUUGCUCUUCGGAGGGAGCGUUUCCAAGCAAACGCUGGCCCACUGAGGAAGAGGCCGAUGCCCCAUCAAUCACCCCCCAACCAAGAAGCCAAUUCAACCAAGUCUUCCAGGGACUCAGAGUCACAGAAGGAACAAGUGGACUCUCAGCGAGCCUUGAGCACACACAGAAUUUGUGAGCAGCACUACUGGGAUGUCAGGUGGAUUCGGGGUUCAGUGACAAUACAGCGUAAAGAAAACAUGGACAUUACGUGCUCUUUCCCUUCCUCUAUAGACAAACGGCUGGCUCGUGACCUAGUCGUUGUGUCCCAGUGGCAGGCACCUGGGACUAACUCAAGCUCAAAGGACAGCCCCCCAAGGGAUAGAAGUAGGACACCAAAAAACAAAACUGAGCGCUAUUACAAUUCAGAUGAACAACUUACGCUGAAUGAACGCUUCUCUAAAAUUCAUGACUCCAGUCCUUCCCCUUCACCAAGAGACCGGAGAUAUGCGGAAAGGCCAACGAAUGUGCCACAGGAGAACCACAGACCUGAAAGACCCUUCAGGAAACCAGGACCACAGAGAUCGAGCUUCCGUCCCACUAGCCCAAAUCGCAAACCAGGUCCUCCUCAGAGAAGACCAGGCCCUGAACCGCCUGGUCCCUUUAGGAAGCCACUCAUGGGAGGCUUUGUGCCACGUCCUUUCUCUCAAAGGCCAGUGUUCAGGAAGAGCCAGAGCAUCCUGUCCAAAUACCGUAACAUGCCGACGAUGCGUCAACAUGUACCCCACAACAGAGGGUCUAAUUAUCGCCGCUGGUGAUCAAACUAGAGGGACCAGGGGCACAGUUCAGGGUUACACACCCUUUCCCCCUUGGCCUUGGGUUGCGUCUUUGUCCUGGAGAUGGUCCCCCAAUGGAACUCUCCCUGUCGUCAGGAGUACAUCAGAAAAUGACAGUUGUACUGUUUAUUUUUUGACUCUGUUUGCAUAAGAUGUGUUUAAAUAUACAGAAUAGGCUAUCAGUUUCUAGUCUUCCAGACUGGUUAUUAUGGACAUUGUUUUUUUGAUUUCAUAACUGUUACACCUCUCAUAUCGUGUAAAUGAAAUUAUGAAGAUUUUACCUUUUUUAUAGUUCCCAGUACCACUUUUUUGUUGUUCCCCAGUGCUUAGAGAAACACUUUUUGCUGUAAAGUAGAAGCAGUCUUCAAGACGAUUCCCCAAGGGCUGUUGAAUAUGAUGCUCAGUCUAAUUCUCAACCUGUAAAAACUACUGAUGCCAUCUUCAAGUCCUGCUCAUUUCAACCUAUGUACAUUGUUUUGUUUAAGAUAUUGCAAAUAAAUGGCUCAACAUGC